GAGUACAGUACAAUAGCACUAUGCUAGGCGUGUCCACUCAGCCAACGGACUUCCCCUUCAGUCAGAAGACGCUUACUGCCAUGACUCUGAAGUAGGAGUGGCGAUCGGAGUAUAAAUGCUCUGGCUGACGCUUGAGCUUUAGCCUACAGCCCGGAUAACAAAUCCAAGCUAGGAAACGUACUGCACCGCUAUCGAAGGCAAAACCCCUGUAUCAGACUGCGCCAAAACAGAUUCCGACAAGCAUCUGAGUUACCAAGACACGACAAUGUCGAUGACCGUGAAAGCCUACUUAUUGGGCAAAGAGGAAUGUCAUAGGGAGAUUCGACGCUUUGCCAUUGACCAGGAUGUGUCUACGAGUUUUGAGUACUUGAAAGGAAAGGUUGUGGAUGUUUUCGGCAAUCUCCGCAAUGGCCCCUUUCAAAUGUUCUACAAAGAUGAGGACGGAGACCUGAUCGCUUUUUCCUCUGAUGAUGAACUCAUGAUGGGGCUGUCGGGAGUGAAGGAUGGUACUUUCCGUCUCUUCAUCAAAGAGAGAAAAGAGCACAAGAAAGACAGAGAGUUCCCUGCCCACGGCUUCCCAGGAUGCGCUUUCCCCCCUCCCCCUGGACCCCCCCACAUGCCCCCUGGACCCCCCCACAUGGGUCCCCCAGGACCCCCUCACGGCGGCCCUCAUCACCCUCCGAUGGUGCACCCUGGAGUGACCUGUGAUGGAUGUGAGGGCCCGGUGGUGGGGACCCGCUAUAAGUGCACGGUCUGCCCAGACUACGACCUGUGCACCACCUGCCAGACCAAGGGCCUCCACAGGGAGCACCCCCUGCUCCCCAUGAACUGGCUCCCCAUGAACAACAUGUUCGAGUGGUUCCCUCGUGGCAAGUGGAUGAGAAAGAUGAGACACUGCAUGUGGGCUGGUGUUCAGGCCCAGGCUCAGACUCAAGCCCAGAACCAGAACCAGCAGGGUCCAUGUGGAUCCAGGCCUUCCUCUCAGCAGGGCCCAGAGGCUGCGGCCGAGGACCCCACUCAGGCAGGUACCUCUACUGCUAACGAGGCCAAUGUGGAGUAUCUGAAGAGUAUUGGAGAAGGAGUUGCUGCCAUGCUUAGCCCCCUGGGUAUCGACGUUGACAUUGAUGUGGAGCACGAGGGCACGCGGACCAAAGUAAACCCCACACCCCCUGCGUCUGGGGGUCCCUCCAGCAACCAGAGCGACUACAGUUCGGGGACCAGCGGGAGACCGGUGGGCCGGGGGGCGAGUGGAGGUCCGGGCAGCCACAGCAGCGUGAGCAGCACUAGUGAGGGGGCAAAGGCUCAGAAGGACAUAGGCAGCGAUGAGGAGUGGACCCACCUCAACCCCAAAGAGGUGGACCCGUCGACGGGCGAGCUCCAGUCGAUGCGGCUGGACGAGGAGAUGGAAGAAGGGUCGGAGGAACCUCAGGCUCUCAGCACCAGCUCCUCUUCCUCCCAGGGGCCCACGGGCCUGCGUGAGGCCGCCCUCUACCCACACCUGCCACAAGAUGCAGACCCGCGGCUGGUGGAGUCGCUGUCUCAGAUGCUCUCCAUGGGCUUCACAGACGACGGAGGCUGGCUGACCAGGCUCCUGACCACCAAGAACUUCGACAUCGGGUCGGCUCUGGACACCAUUCAGUACGCCAAGAGUCCCCAGAAGUGAAGCAUGAGGACAGCGGGGCUCAACUCAGAAGAGGACCAUGGCUAUAAUAAUCUACUGCCCAAUCAGCAGCCAUGAGCCAUGAGCAUUACUCUACAACUAGUCGACCAACUCUGCCUUCCCUUUAUGUGUAGCCAUUUCUCAUCAUAUUCCUGGCAAUAUGAGCACCUCAGGCAUAAAAGCAAUCAUUAACUUUGAUACAAAUGGCAUAGCUUUGGCUUUCAAAAACUUUUAAACAAAGAUGUAUUCUUCUUAGACUGAUAUCCUGACUAUGAGUACUAUGUGUUACUAAUAUUAAUGGUGUGAAGGUUAUUCUUAUAAAUUACAUUUAUUGGAAUUUAUACAGUUUUACUCACUGCCAAUACUAAAGAGGAUAUAUUUUACAUUUAUUGGAAGUAAGCAAAUUGGUAGUUAAUGCAUUUAUUGGUACAAAAUGUAUGGAAUUCUUGUUAUUGGUUUGUUCAAGAAAAAAAAAUCUGACCGUGUUUCUAUUGUCAGUCAAAUGAAUGGAUUUAUGUCUAUGCUUUGUUUGAUCAGAUUAAACCUAGGUUAUCAUUGCUGUCCUCUGUUAUUACCAUGAAGUUUCUGCCCUGUCUGACCAAAAUAAAAUUCUUCUGCAAAAUAAAA